GUGUGUUUCACCGCAGAAGCAGAGCGUGAUCGCCGCUAACAGCUUUAUCCUCCUGACCAUGACCUAAACUGACCGUCGUGCCGCUGAUUAGCCCUUUGCACCUGACCAGGCAGGGUGUUCCAAGGAGGAGGAAGUGGUGGAGGAGCGGCCGAUGGGAUGCGGUCAGGCGGCAGCUGGAGGUGCCAGUUGUCCCGGACCAUGAGGCUCAUCCUGCGCUGGUGCCGACCCCACAGAGGAGCUCACAGAGGGGGCAGAGGCAUAGGAAGGGUGGCCCAGCUGUGGAGCUACACCAGAGUGAUUCUCAAGUCACUCUACUACAACAGCCUGAGUGACUCAGAUACACUGUUCGACUGUGUGUUUGAGCCCGUAUAUUGGAUAGUGGACAAUAUGACCCGUUGGUUUGGAGUGGUCUUUGUGACCCUGGUCGUCCUUCUCACGUCCUCAGUGGUGAUCAUAGUCUACCUGUUUGUGAUACCCAUAAUCGUCAGCAUCUACCCGGUCUAUUGGAGCUUCUGGCACUUGGGCUGUGGGCACUGGCUUCUGCUCAUGGUGGUCUUUCACUAUUACAAAGCAGCUACAACUGCAGCAGGACACCCACCCAAGGAUAAGGUCCAUGUUCCUUCAGUAUCUAUAUGCAAAAAGUGCAUUAUUCCAAAGCCUGCCAGGACACAUCACUGUAGCAUUUGCAGCACAUGUAUACUGAAGAUGGAUCACCACUGUCCCUGGUUAAACAACUGUGUUGGCCAUUUUAACCACCGCUAUUUCUUCUCCUUCUGCCUGUACAUGACCCUGGGUUGUGUCUACUGCAGCAUUAGUAGCAGAAACUUGUUCAUAGAGGCUUACAACGCCGUGGAGAGCUACUACCAGACCCCUCCACCAGAAUUCACCGUAAUGGAGACCACUGGUCACAAAUGUAUCAUCUUCCUCUGGGUGUUGACCAGCUCUGUGGCAGUGGCCCUGGGAGGACUGACACUUUGGCACGCUAUGCUCAUCACGAGAGGAGAGACCAGUGUGGAGCGCCAUAUCAACAAGAAGGAGACCAGGAGACUCAAGGAGAGGGGCAGGGUCUUCAGAAAUCCUUAUCAUCAUGGUAGGAUCAAUAACUGGAAGUUGCUGUUUGGUGUGGAAAAAAGAAGUCAUUGGUUGACUCGAGUGCUGCUCCCCUCCGCUCACCUUCCCAAAGGGGAUGGCAUUGUGUGGGACAGCAUCUUCACCCGGAGGGACCCUAUGGCUAUCUGACCAACAACAUGUCAAAGACUGCUCCAGUAUUUGUCCUGCACAUGUUUACUGAACUGUUUACCUGUGUACAUACAGUAUUUCUAUUUUAAUAUCCACUAUACAACUUGAGAUUUACUUGAGAUUCUUAAAGCAGCCCUUUAUCCAUUAGUGCCACACUGUUGAAUACAAAGAACUAAAUUGAGUGCUGAAUUUUCUACUAGAUGCUGCUGGGUUGCAUCUUAUCAGACCAGUGCUACUGUUUUGUAUGCAUUUCUCUAAACACAAUUAUCAUUUCAUUUGCCAAUGAGAGCAAAUUAAAGAAACUGCACCUUCUCCAUCUUAAACAUGUCUUAAACACACCAGGAUACUGUGUGCCUUUACAGACUAUCGGGCACUGUGAGGUCAGGAUCCUGUGUAUUUCACACAAUCUUAAAGAUGAAUCUGUAGGCCAAAAUGAGAAGGUAAGAGGAGCUGUGCUCCUGUGGCUUUUCAAUAAAAUAAUUGUUUCAU